ACUGUUUUGACCGAGCAGCCGGGGAAAGGGGGUGUGGCCAGGCGACGGCGCUUCCCCGCGCGGACUGGUUUCUUGCAGAAACAGGAGCUGCAGCCGCCGCCGCUACCAUCGGAAAUUUUGGACGGACCAUGUUCCGAGGAAGCUGGGAACAGCCAGGCAGUUAGCUGCGCGGGCUCGAGCUGGAACUGGUAACGCGCCCCAAGCUGCUGCUGGGGGAGGCCCCUCCCCAGCCCCCCAGAGACGCGUCCACGCCGGGGGGCAACAGCGUUCUCACCACCAGCUUCAGCGCCAGCUCGGUGAGGAGCAUCAGUAGUAACACCAGCAGCUCCAGAUCCAGCAGCACCAUGGAUCUCUCCUUUAUGGCCGCGCAGCUUCCAGUUAUGGGAGGAGCCUUCAUGGACUCACCCAAUGAGGACUUUAGCACAGAAUACUCCUUGUUUAAUUCAUCUGCCAGUGUCCACGCAGCUGCCUCGAUGCCGAGCCAACCUGAAGAGGCAUCCCGUUCUUCAAAUGAUGCCAUUUUGUUAUGGAUUGCAAUUAUAGCCACAAUUGGGAACAUUGUAGUUGUUGGAAUUGUGUAUGCCUUCACGUUCUGAGAAGAAAGGAGAACGGCCCAGGGAGGUGGACAGUUGCUGUUUCACAAGCGCAGAUAUGUAGAUAUAUGUGCGCAUGCCUAUUUAGAAAUGUAUAUCUUUAUAAACAUAUGUAGGUAGACACUGUUCUUACCUAAGACCAAGUUUAACAACCGCUGGCCAAAAAAUAACAGUAACAAAAACCCACUACCCUUGAAGACCUUUGUAACUGGUGUAGGGAUGAAGCAUCUCAUUAACAGCAUAAUCUGCUAAAUGUAAAACUAAUGUGAAAAGCCAGUGUGAACCACAGUGCACACAACAGAACAGGCCAGUUUGCUCAGCAAGGGCUCUGUUGCUGGGUGGCUAACAAAUCUGUUGCUUAUCUUAUUUCCCUAUGGUUUUAGUAUCUAAUUACUCCUGGAUUGGAGUCUUGUACAUGAAUAUCUUCUCUCUUACAUUCCACUGGUUGUCUGUUCUCUUGCCCUCCAUAAGCCCAGGACUAGUAAACAUCUAGAUCUGUUUUGAAUUUUGUGUGUGUGUGUGGGGGAAACGUCAGGAAGUUUAUAAUCAGAUGGCAUGUGGAGUAGCACCCCCGCACCUCCCCUUUGUUAUUGUUGUUCAUUACAAGGUUCUGCAAGCCAAAUGUACAUAGCAAUGUUGUAAUUGGUUUUAUCGAUGCUGAGUGAGUUUUCCCAGUGCUUCAUCUGUAGGAGAAAGAAAACAGCUCCAACGUCUGGAAAGCUGUGGAAUCCAAAUGUGUGAAUCUGGAAACACUGGGUCUGAAAGAAUGACAUGGUAGAAGUGCCAGUUCUUACAAAGAAAUGGAGGCUUGCAAUAUUAUUGUUGGUAGAGCCUUAUGUUGAUCUUGAGAGGGAAACAUAAUGGCCACAGUCCAAAAAGGCAGUCUCUCUCUCUCUCUCUCUCUCUCUCUCUCUCUCUCUCUCAUACACACACGCACACAUGCACAAGUUCUGAUGUCUUCUAAUCCAACUGUAUGGGCCAACAUUUGAUGGAGCAGAACAGAAUGAGAUGUCCUUGUGUGUCUGUGGCUUUGAAGUCAAUACCUCUCUUUUACCUGUUCCGUGGAGAUACUUGUGUAAAACCUCAUGUCAAAGGGAAUUUGGGGGAAGGUCUCCUUUUGUUUUGUUUUGUUCUAUUCUGUUACCCCUCUAAGCUAGGGAUGGAGAAUCUGCACCACUCCAGAUGUUGCUGGAACUCUCAACGCCGAGCAGCCCAGCCAGCAUAGCCACAGAUCAGGGAUUAUAGGAGUUGUAGCCCAACAGGUUCCCCAUCUCUGCUGUACACGCAUUGCCAUUUUUGCCAGCUGCUACUGUUCCUCUGCCUCAUCAUUGCUAUCACCCAUGCUUGCUUACCUGCCAGACAAGAGUCAAUGAGCUGGCAGGCAGUGACAGCUACUUUUCCUCCUCACCAUCAGAACACCUAGAGGUCCAAGGGUUCCUGACCUUUGAUCUAAGCCAUUGUUUUAUACUGCUAAUAAUGUCUUUUGCUGCCUUCACACCACAAAUGGAUUUUCUUUGGGGUAAAGAAAGCUCUCCCCUUUUUCCAUAUCCCCCACAACACACACACAAACACUGCCUCACAUUGUGGACCACAUGUGAUUAUUUCUCAAGAGUGUCCAUAUUUUCUUCUGGCCAACUUUUGGGCUCUGCUCACUUUAGUGGCUAUUGUUAUAAGCAAUUUAAUGGGAGUUCUCCCUGCACUCAAAACACUAUUGGCUGUCAGUAUGAUAUAUAAAAAUGUAAUCAUAACAAAUGCUCUUGCAGUUUAAUCUUCCAGUGUUUCCAAAAGUUGAUGUAGCAAUCCUGGCGACAACUUCCCAUACUGCAAUCUGAAAAGGUGCACAGGAUAACCCCUUAAUUGCCAGCGGUCUGAUCCUAUAGCGGCUACAAUCCUGUGCACACUUUUCUGUGCCUUAUGGAACAAGGUGGGCAAAAUACGCAUAGGUCUAGACAGUGGCAUUUCUGUCCCAAAUAACUGCAGAGUUAAAGAUGGAGAGUUGAGGAAACCUCUAAGGAAGACUGAAGUAGAAGGGAAAUUGCAGUAUGGCUAGAGAAUAAUUUUAGGCAACUUCUCAAACACAUGCACUUAUGCAUGACAAUGCCUUGGGGUCCAGCCUUCAAGCAAUUGAUUGGCAAUAUAUGUUUCUGCACCUUACCAUUAUUUUCCAUCAAGUUCUCAGUCAUCAUUGGAUCAUACAGUGGGUACCUUCAUUCGAGUCUACUAUUCAAAUCUGAAUUCCAUUCCUACUUCCCAUUUCAAAAUGCUAAUGAAAAAUAAAUGAGUUCAAUUUCA